AUGAUCGACAACAUAAAUUUAAAAUUCAACAAAAACAUAACAAAUAUUUCGUAUACACUUCAAAAUGAUGGCAUCCAUUCAACUUCAUUGAACGUCUCGUUCGACAAUUUUUACGAUAUUGGUAAACUAAGAUUCACAUUCAGCAUCAAUUUUCCGGAAAAUGACCAAGAUCAAAGAUAUAAACGAGAAUAUUUUAGAACGACAGCUGAUUUAGGAAAAUUAUUGAAAGGAGCUUUUGGAAAUUCCUUCACAGAACAAAUGAUACGAAAUGUAAUGGUGACAACAAAAAAUCUGUCCAUACCUUUAAAAAAAGGCUUUUAUUAUAUUCAUGACUUCUCAUUUCCUGAAAUUUUUUUACCUUAUGGUCUACCAACGAGAGCUUGCUUGAAAUCCGUUCUAGAAGGAAAGAUUAGAGGACAGAAAAAAUCGGUGCGUGGAAGUUCAUGGGAAUUUUUUAUCCAUAGAAUUUAA